AUUUGCACAUAAUUCUACACACAGAGAGAAUUUAACUUACAUUUCUUCAAUAGUUUAGUCCAUAAAGCAAUAGAUAUGGCUCGGUUUCUUGUGUUCCUUGCUUUAGCCCUUGUAAUAAUUUCAAAGAAGGGCGCGUUGGGUGCUCCUCCUUCCUGUCCAACAGUUACAACGCAGCUGGCUCCUUGUCUAUCGUACAUUCAAGGUGGAGGUGAUCCAUCUGUACCUUGCUGCACUGGUAUAAAUAACAUAUAUGAACUUGCUAAAACCAAAGAAGACCGAGUCGCUAUCUGCAACUGCUUAAAAACCGCAUUUACUCAUGCUGGAAAUGUCAAUCCCACUCUCGUAGCUCAACUCCCCAAGAAAUGUGGCAUUUCUUUUAAUAUGCCUCCUAUUGAUAAAAACUACGACUGUAACACGAUUUCUAUGUACUGAUGAAUGGGUAGUGAAUCUCGGAAGCUGCUCAAAUUUAUGAAUAAAACAUAUAUAGAUGUUCAUCUCAUGUCUGAAAUCUGAAAGCAAUUUGAUCCACUGUAAACUUCAAAUGUAUGCAGACGGUUAAAUGUUGAAUUAUGAUAUAUAUAAAUUUGGUUAAUGCCUUUGUUUUUGGUA